GUGGUGAGAGAAUAGUUUUAAAAAAAAGAAAAGAAACAGCAAACUCAUCCAUAGUGCCGAUUUAUGUGAUAAAACAGUUCACGCAUUCUACCUUAAUUUGUUUUAUACCUGCUUGAAAUACCCUGUCCGUGUCUUGUGUUUGCUUAAGUGUUUCCCUAGCCUGCGUCGCUAGCUAGCUAGCUCACUACUACAGAGUCACUUCAUGUUAUUAUGUAAAUGUCAAACUGUUCUCCAGGUGACCAUACUGUAAUUUAAGCGGUACAUUGUGAUCUUGGUUGACAGGUACGUAGCCAAUCGCUUAUUGUUGGGCUAGCAAGUAGAUCGGUCAGUAUUGCUGAAUACUUGCUGGAGUUUUUGAUAGACAACAACUCAUGCAUGCUUUGUGUCAGUGUGACAUUGCAAGCUCCUGAACAGUUUCUUGUGCUGAUACAACGGGACUGACUUUGAGUACUGGCACGCUCAUUACGCAUUGUUAGUCUAAGUUGACUUUUUCCAAAACGCUUGGAGUUCAAGGCCUUUUCAUCUUAAAUGACUUUCUUAAGUUAGGCACGAAGGAAAAUGUUCAAGCGAAGAGAGCUUUUGUAACGUCCGUAUCCACGCGUGUUCAGUUUACUCAAUCUCUUGCUAGUUUGAGAGACAGACUUCUUUUGUAAGCACUAAUGUUUCCGUCCGUCCAGCGUCGCCCGAUCUGCGACAUUAGCAUUCGUGCUGUUAGGUUACAGACCACGAAUGCGUUUAGAGGGGGUUCUGAAAGCAGUAAGCGCAAUGCUAAAUCUGAGACCGUCGCAUGGCUGGGUCGGCGCGUGGCCCUGCUCCUGUCAUGGCUUCAGAAAGCAGGAGUACAACCGUACGAAACUGGCUCUAAAAAGCGUAAGGAAGGACUCCUGUCUAUAUUUGCAAACCACUGUAGUUUUGUGACAGGCCAGAGGCUUCGACGUGCCUUUCAGAUUGGCGAGUUGUACUCCAAUUUGUACUCUGAGCGCUCUAGGUGGACACUUGUCGGUAGCAUAUGGCGCCGUUUUCAGAGCAAACACGCCCCAACUGGAAAGUUGAUUGCAGCUCUGGCUGGUGUCUUCAUGUGGGAAGAUGAGAAGAUUCGAGACGAUGAACUCAGAAGGUGUGCGUUUGAACUACAGUCCUUGGAAGCAGUCAAGACUCAGACUACUGCCAAACAACAGACACCCAAGCUGGCAGAGAAUGAUUGGGAAGUCGUCAUUGAGAAGAAAAACUUCAAAGUGUGGAGACGACCCAUCGAAGGGAGCCAUCUUUUUGAAUACAGAGUAUUUGGUUCAUACACUGACAUAACCCCCCGGCAGUUCUUCAAUGUUCAGUUGGACACAGAGUAUAGAAAAAAGUGGGACUCCCUUGUUAUCAAACUGGAUGUGGUGGACAGGGACACCAACACAGGCUCUGAGGUUGUGCACUGGGCCACACAUUUUCCAUAUCCCAUGUACUCCAGGGAUUAUGUUUAUGUCCGCCGGUACAACGUGGAUUUGGAAAACAACUUGAUGGUUCUAGUUUCCAGAGCGGUGGAACACCCUGGUGUGCCAGAAAGCCAGGACUUUGUCCGCGUGCGAUCCUACCAGUCCAGGAUGGUCAUCCGCCCCCACAGAUCCUUCGACGAGAACGGCUUUGAUUACCUGCUGACCUACAGCGACGACCCUCAGACGGCCUUUCCGCGCUACUGCGUGAGCUGGAUGGUGUCCAGUGGCAUGCCCGACUUCCUGGAGAAGCUCCACACCGCUGCCCUGAGGGCCAAAAACCUCGAGGUGGGCAUCCACGAUUACGCCGGAGUCAUCAAGUCCUCUCAGCCAGCCCAGGAUCGCCUAGGAAACGAGGGCACGCACGCGGGAGGCCCAAACCAGAUCUACGCCUAAACCAGAAUGUCCGGCCACAGGUGGAACCAGAGGACGGUGGUUUGGGAUUGUUCUUGAGCCUGCACUCACACGGCUCCCGGUCCGAACACGGGACUGGCGCCGGGCCAUUGGAUGAAGAGAACAGACCCGUUCCCUGUUCCCUGAGUUGUACAUUGAAGCAGAAAUAUGCAUGAUUUGUUCUAACAUGUUUGUUUUUAGCCCCCUUCGCAAAGAAGUGAUUUAAAUUUGUCUUGCCGGAAAGCUCCCCCCGGAUCAGUCACGCACUGAUCUCCACUCCACUAAAGGCCUGUUGCUUUUCACUGAAGAGCAACACCGCAGAGCAGAACUUAGCCGAGAUCUGUGUUAUUCUGUAGAUACCGUCGCCAAAGCAGUAUUUUUUUGUUUUUUUCCCUUCUCUGUUAUUGAUGUCUCUCUUGCAAUGACUACAAUUUCACACCAUGACACUGGAAAAAUAAAGCAUCUAACCAUCUUUGGGAGAUGGAAACUACACCACCUUCUCUCAGUACUUGCUUCAGGAGCAUUUUUGGGUUUUUUUGGAUCACUUUAAGGUCCCAGCCAGCCACACACUUUUGAAUCCUUUUUGUAAAAGUCGAAUCCAAGGGCUCGUGUGAUCCCUGCCUCACACACACCACGGAGACUGUGACGUUGUUCGAGGCCUCUUUGCGCCUCAGGCUUUUACGGCCACUUCGUACGCGAAUGUUUUGUUUGUUUGUUCAUUCGCUUGUUUGUUUGUUUGUUUUUUUUCAAAUCUGCCAGUUCAAGCCAAACAGCCUUCAGAAAAUAACCAGUACCUCUUCCCUACGAGACGUCGUGUUUUACGACCGACCGCUGCAUCCUCGUUCUACCGUCCCUAUCCACCCACGGGCGCUGGGGCAACGAGUCCUGACUCGUCCUUUGGGGAUAGGCCGUAGGGAACAUCGCGAACAGUGACGCAGGACAACCGUGUCAUACAUGAUGAUAAUGAUGAUGUGUGCUGAUUUAGAAAAGGACUCUGAACAGACAUGAGGCUUUGCAUUCAGUGCUAGCGAUGAUGUGGCUGCAGAGACCUGUUAGUGACACCUGCUUUGGUACUGGUGUGUGUGUGUGUGUGUGUGUGUGUUUUUAAAGGUGCCCUGAUGCUAAAUGCAUAUUUACCUACGUUAGGUCAUGCAGCCAAAGGCUAUAGAUGAAACUCCUGUCACAGUCAGAUAAACGUUAGCUGAAAAAGCAUCUGAAAAAGUCUGGUCACUCUGUCUGCCUCCACACUAUGAACUACACGCCACUGGUUUUCCGCAGUGGAAGAGUGAAUCAGCAUUAGAAACCCGUGUAUACACUAGUGCUGAAACAGUUACCGUUGAUGUGAACAUGAAGUGGAGUGAAUGUGAAUGGGUGUUUCCUCAGAAUGAGAUCAGGAGUAACUGGCCCUAAGCUGGAAUUCCCAGCUUUCUUACUUCUGCAUUGUGAAAACUUAUGUAAUGGUAACGGAAAUCAUUUAUGGCUUUCUAACUGUAGGGAUCACAGACGAACUUGUCAGCACAGUCUGGGAGAAAAGGUUUAGGAAACGUGACUCUCUCUUUGGAGUCUUUUGGAAUUUUUCCGGGGUGUCAAACGGCAUCUUUGCUAAGGGCAUUUUCCCCAUUUUUCCUGUUGUCGUAUUGCGAGUUUUCUGAGAGCAUGUAGGCAGGUAUACUAUUACGUUUGUUAAUUCAAACGUCUGUUGUUUGUCAAGGUGGCUGCCCAGGGCUGUUACAGUUUUGUUUCUUCACAGGCUGAUAGGCUAAAAAGAAAAGAAAAAAAACAUUCUCACGCCCUCGGUGUUCCACUCGUCCGUUCUUUUUCCACGCCCUCUACUUUGUGCCCGUUUUUCAGUGAAACCGUAACGACAGUAGCAUUCCAUGCGGCAGAACCAGCGUCCAGUGACUCCUGACUGUCAGACUCAAUGCCAGUUUUUUGUGUGUUUUUUUUUUUAGAUUUCUGACCUAUUUCUGGCUUUUGCCAUAUUUGGGAGGGAGGGCACAAAAAAAACUCCUCAAGUGCAGUACUUUUAAGAACAACGAGAUAAAAAGAACAUAGAUAAUAUCAUUUGCUCCACCUAAUGUAUGGCUUGUCAUUUUCCUGUUGUUGUGAGGACUCUAUGUGGGAGUAUGAGAUCUGACCUUGAGAUGAUUAUCGAGGUCUUUCGUGCAUACAUGAAGCCAAAUGUUCAUAUGUGUAUGUAUUUCCGUGGGUUCGUUUAUUUUCCAGUCUUGUCUUCUCUUUUGGAACUAGACUGAUUGAUUAAUGUGCUGUAGCUCAUUUCCACUCACAUUUCAGUCACAGAAGAAGUGAAUCUGGUUGUUUUUUUGUUUUUUUUAUUGUUGGUAUGAAUUUUGGGAUGAGUGGGCAGUCAAUCUGAUGUGCUGUACUUUUUGUACGUGAAGGACUUGCGUUUGAGAGACCGAGAGAGAGAGAGAGAGAGAGAGAAUAUGUUUAAGGUGAUCAGUCCCUCAACACGUGCUCCACGCGCCGUACUCUGUAAACUAACUGUUUGCCUGUUCAGGCUCACAAGGCCGAGAGCACAUGCCAUUCAUAUUACAGGUCAGAUACGCUGCAGUCAGUGAUUAGAUAACACCAAACUCAGUCCUUUCCGCUCACCCAUGUCAGACUCUCACAAACAGUUUUCCUCGUUACUACCAGUGGUAGAUAAUUUCACAACGCCCAUGUUUCCUGUGUUGUUAUCUUUUGUUUGGUUUUUUUUUUUUAUUUGUUUGUUUCUUGUGCUCAGAGAGAACACUGUGAGACUUCAGCACCCAAUAAAAUUGUUUUCAGUUUAACCGUUUGUUUGUAUGUGAACUAUUGUGUUCCCGGGAAUGGGAAAUGCCACCACCCUUCCCCACCCCAAACUCCAUUAUCUUUUUUUUUUUUCUUUUUUUUUUUUUCAUUUAAAU